CUUUCGGUCUCUCUCUCUCUCUCUCUCUCUCUCUCAGACACACACAUUUUGGGCCCUGUGAAUUUAGGGCUCAUUAAAGCGCGACGGCCCGUUCGUCAAACAGUUCCUCUGGUCCUCUGCCGACGAUUUCUGUUGAGAUUCAGCCCCCGAGAGAUCGACCAGCGAUGACAGCUUCUGAGGUUUUCGGGCUUCUGAGGGUCGAUCCGUCGGCGUACAUCUGGGUACCGUGAUGAGAGGCUCGUCGCAGAAGGAUCUCGCGGUCUUCGAUUUCAGCGAAGAGGAGGCAGCCGUGGAGGCGGCGGCUGGGAGAUUCACGGCGAAGUUGCAGUCCAGAUUGAGGCCUAGGAUGGACGACACGGUCAACAAGAACCAGUUCCUCGAGGCCUACACGUCAGGCUUGACUUUCAAGGGUGAUGUGACCGACAUCAUAUGUGUAGAUAUGCACGAAAGAGACAAUGACACAGGUUCCUAUGCUAUCGAUGGACCAGAGCAGGGCCUUGCUUUGGGUGAUGAGAAAGCAGAGUUGGAUGAAAUCAUGUCUUCCUCUACAAAAUAUGAUGAGCAUGAUCAGAUUUAUCCAGAUAAUUUUGAAGAUGAAAAUCUAACGAGGAAGGAUACUAAGGCUGUUGGAGAUUCUGUUCUUCAGAACCCUAUAGGCAACAAACAUUUCUUGGACUUUCCUGCUGAUGGGAUGGCAGUUGAUGUGGUUUCUGAAGAUGAAGAAAGCUGGUCCUUGAUGUCUGGAUCUGAAUCAAGUACUGCUUCUGAUACUCCAGAGGAUGAAGGCCAGAUGGAGUGCCCAGAGUUGGAAAAUUGUUAUGCUGCAAUGGGAGAUGUGUUUAACAAUCAGAUGUCAGUCAUGAUCUACCCUGACUAUGUCAUACAUGGGAACACUUUGUAUGGAGAUUCUCAGCUUGUCUUCUCUUCAGAUUGCAUUAAGAUUGAGUGUUCAGAUGCAAGUGGAAGUGAUGAAAAGUUUGCUUCUGAAUGGGCUGUUUCUGAUAUAGUUCAUAUUGAUUGUCGGUGGAGUGGAACUGUAACUACUGCAUUGGUUAAACUUUGCCUUAGAGCAAAUGAUGUGACUAAAAGUGAGAAACAUCAUAAUGUUUCUGAUGUUUUGAAGGUAAUUUUUUCUGUGAACGACAUGUGUUGGUUGGAGAAGGAACACAAGAUUAGAAAUCUGGCAGCAAGAUAUAGAGAUAUAUGGAAUGCAAAUUCUGGAGAUAUGGUGUGGGAAGAUGACUCACUGGAUCCUAGUGCAUUAUUUUCAAGGGACUACUUCACAGAAAAUGCAGAUUCCUUUGAAGAUGUUGUGUACCCUAAAGGCGAUCCUGAUGCUGUUUCUAUAAGUAAAAGAGAUGUUGAUCUAUUACAACCUGAGACAUUCAUCAAUGACACCAUUAUCGACUUCUAUAUCAAGUACUUGAAGAACAAGAUUCAACCUGAUCAGAAGCAUAGGUUUCAUUUCUUUAACAGCUUUUUCUUCCGUAAGCUAGCAGAUCUUGACAAGGACCGGGGUAGUGUCUCAGAAGGCAGAGCAGCUUUCCUGCGUGUCCGUAAAUGGACUCGGAAAGUAAAUAUAUUUGAGAAGGACUACAUAUUCAUACCUGUAAACUUCAACCUGCACUGGAGUUUGCUUAUUGUUUGUCAUCCAGGAGAAGUAGCAAACUUGGAAGAUAAUGAAAUUGAUUCUGACAAAGUGCCUUGUAUAUUACAUAUGGAUUCUAUCAAGGGCAGUCAUAGUGGUCUUAAGAAUAUUAUCCAAAGUUACAUGUGGGAAGAAUGGAAGGAGAGACACCCAGAAACAACUGAAGAUGAUUCUUUGAAAUACUUAAAUUUAAGAUUUGUCUCGCUUGAGUUGCCACAACAGGAGAAUUCAUUUGAUUGUGGUCUCUUUUUACUCCACUAUGUUGAGUUGUUUCUGGAAGAGGCUCCUGUGAGUUUUGACCCAUUCAAAGUCACCAAGUUCUCCAGCUUUCUCAGUGCUGAUUGGUUUCCACCUGCUGAAGCUUCUCUAAAGCGUUCUCUUAUCUGGAAGCUGAUAUAUGAACUUAACAACCCUCCUCAGAAAAUUAAUACUAGCACAUGCAGCAAAGUGCAUCCUUCAUCCUCAGGGUAUCCUGAAAUUAACGUUGAGCAAGAACAUGUAGAACUUCUUUCUGCACACUGCAGCCCAGCCAAAGGAUUAGUGGGUGAUGCAGUAUGUCCUGAUGCUGGAGUUGGAAAUGAAUUUGGACAUCUGGCAUCAUCUUCUGGUACCAAAUGUGAUGAACAAACAAGAUUGAUGAUUCCAGAAUUUCUUGAACCAGGAGAAAAUACAAUGUCUUCACCAAAGCAUGGAGCUGAUGUUCACCAGCAUACUGCAACUUCAUCAAACCUGUUAUUUGUUUCAUGCCCAAUAUUGGAGCAUGUUGAUGGAAGGGAACAUUUAUCUUCCUCUCGCCUGGGGAAAGAAGAUUGUCAGCCACAGGAUGGAAGCCCUAAUGCCCAGUUUUGUAUGAACUCUAUGAAUGUAACUAGUGCCAAUGUAACACCCUGGAGCACUGCAGAUGAAAAGGAUGCAGAUACAGAUCUGGCAUCUGAAUGCAUGAAUUCCAACAGUAUGAAUAUCGAUCAAAGAGAGCAAGAUGAAAAAAUGAGGUUGGCUUCACCAGAGAAUUUUGGUUAUGUUCCAGAGAGCCCUACUUCGUCUCCUAGAGAAAAGCUGGAUGGUUUUGUUAAAGAUUCUCAAGAAAAUGAUGCAUCUAAAGCAGAGGGCACAGAUUGUGAAGGUUCUCUGAGAAUUUGCACCAGGGAGACAGAUUGUCAGAUCAUAGAUGGUGGGGACAUCGACACACACGCUUAUGGGGUCAGUGAUGUUACAGAUUGUAUGGUAAUGGAUGGUAGGGGAACAGUGGAUGGGCAUGAUGAGUGCGUCGAACUUGGCACCCAAGAGAGUGGAGAUGGUGAGGAUUGCCAGGAAACUCGUUCUGAAGCCAGACAGGAUGAUAACCAUCAGGAAACCCACAGCGUGGACAUCAGUAGUGGCGAUGGCAACUGCAAAGUGAAUUUGCCUUCUUCAUUUGAAGAUAUCAUCGUUACUGACGAUGUGAAGCCUUUGGACAAGGAUGAUGUUCAAGUGAUAGGGCGAAUACUAGUGCGGCAGCCACACAAGCGGCGUAAGGUCACGAUCCCUGAAGGAUCUAGAAUGCGCACCCGGAGCUUCACCAGAGAAAGCCAUAAUAAUGGUACAUGACUCUCUCAAUCAAAUAGGUCAUCAUUGGUUUGUUUUGUAGCAACAUGUAAAUAAUUUUGCAAGAUAUGGAAGACUGGAAUUGGUGCUUUAUAGAAGAUGGAAUUUCUGCAGUAACUUCCAUCCAGUAUCCUUGGCUACGUUAAAAAGUAUGUAUCCUUAAUCAAGUUUAACCAGUCACUUGUCAUUCAUUAGUGGAGUGCUUCUGUUCACUAACUCUUUAAUGCAGAUAGUCCCCGAGGAUUUCUUAUAUAGUUAA